AUGAAGUUACUUCGAACUUCGGUCGCGCUCGCUCUUGCGUUAUGUAAAUUAUCGUAUGGGCUCGACAAUGGGAUCGGGAGGACUCCAGCGAUGGGAUGGAAUCCCUACAACGCAUUCUCCUGUGCCAAUACCGAAAGUCUAAUUCACACUCAGGCUCAAAAACUCGUCGACUUGGGUUUGGACAAGGUCGGCUACAAGUAUAUGAGUGUUGACUGUGGCUGGCAAGCAACCCAGCGUGACUCUGCUGGGGGUAUCACUUGGAAUCCAACGCGUUUCCCUAGUGGAAUGGCGGGUCUAGGAAAUUUCAUUCACGGAUUGGGUCUCAAGUACGCGAUGUACUCUGUUGGAGGGUUUUUCUCCUGUGAUGACGUCGGAGGAACAGCUCACUGGCUCGGUUCUCUGAAUCAUGAAGAUACCGAUGCUAAUAUCUUCGCUCAAUGGGGCGUCGAUUACCUGAAGUACGACAACUGCUAUUCGGUCAGCGAAACUGACUUUGUGGACUUCAAUCCUCCUUUUGAGCUUAAGACUCACUUCACGAAGAUGCGAGAUUCCUUGGCUGCAACGAAGCGCCCAAUCCUUUUUGCUGCGUGCGAGUGGGGCUUACAAGAUCCUGCAAGGACAUGGCCGGGUGGUUCGGUAGCGAACUCCUGGAGAAUGUCAAAUGAUAUAGGCCCUCCGCCAUCGUGGGCCAACUUAAUGCGAAUCAUCAACCAAGUCGUGCCGAUUACUGGGUUCGCUGGUCCGGGUGGAUUCAAUGACCUCGACAUGCUUUAUGUCGGGCAUAACGAACUAACCGCCGCUGAGCAGCAAACUCACUUUUCGUUUUGGGCGGCAGCUAAAUCUCCUUUGUUCAUCGGCGUCGAUUUGACUCAAGGAAAUCUGGACAGUGCGUUGUCCAUCUUGAAAAAUGAGAGAGUCAUCGCGAUAAAUCAAGAUCCCUUGGGCAAAUCGAUCAACUUUAAAAGGCGAUACACCAACGAUAACGAUGUCUGGGCUGGACCUCUUGCUGAUGGUUCAACCGUCGUUUUGGUGAUAAACCUCCAAGCCUCUUCGCGAUCAGUAACAUUCAAUCUCGCAGACGUAGGGUUUUCUUCCGCCAAUGCACAGGAUAUUAUAACCGGAAACAGUUUGGGAAGACUGUCCAACUCACUUACAACUACGCUCCAAGGCCAUGGCUCCCUCUUCCUUAAGUUGACAUCAACAACUGCCGCUCCUGCGCCUCAAUUCACGUUCUAUCCCGCUUCUUCUGGUGCACUAUCCGGAGGGGCAGCCACACGUACCGUGAAUAGUACGACCAUCGUUGGGUUUGUUGGAAACGGAGGAAAACUCACUUUGAGCAAUAUCGACGGUGGAAUUUCUGGCGGAACUAAGCUUCUUGCUAUCGAUUACAUCAACGCCGACUUCACCAUGACGAACACCGCUUGUUCAAACUGUAGGGAAGCGUUGUUCAGCGUGAACGGAGGGACGGGCGUGCGAGUGCAGAUGCCAAUCAGCGGCCAGAGCUGGGACAUUCUUUUCCAAAACUUUUUGGUUUCGCUUCCGGGAUUCAAGGCUGGAAAAACAAAUACCAUUGAAAUAUCGAACCCCUCAGCUUUUGCACCUGAUUUCUCCAGGAUUGGAGUAGCCAGUUGAGGGCGAGGUGCCCCACUUUGAUCUGAGAAAAUGAGAACUGCCAUGGAGCAAGUUGAAGGAAAUAGUCAAUCCAUGCAUCUAGUGUAUCUACCACGAUGUCUAAGCAAACACGAGUCCUC